AUUUAGCACUCGCUACUAACCGGACUGUAUUAAAACUAUCGGCAACUCGUUACUCAUUUAUUUAAUUAAUUUGCAUACGUGUUAUUUGUGUUAUUAAAAGUUUAGGCUUUUAUUAUGUUUUUCACUACGUCUAACACAAUAUAAAACAAAAAAAAAUUAAAUUCUUAAAUUAUAAGGCAUUAGAAAAUAACAUUGCAAAAAGUGUAGAUUUGCUUUCAAAUAGAUGAGAAGAAUUUUAUACUCUACGAUUAAGAGAAUUAAUAACAAAAAAAUCUCCGCCAUAUAUGCGAAAUUGAUAAAGACCUAUGAAAAAUGCAAUAAUAUUUUACUUAAAUAUAUCUUAGUAAAAAAAAAAGAAAAAAAAAAGCAUAAUUCACAAAUAUUCUACGUAAGCACUGAAUUAGCAACCAACUCUACAAUUUACCUAUAUACGUAAAUAAUGGUAAUAGGCUUUACAAAUUCUGCGCAUAUAUUUGGUAACUCAAACAAACUACAUGUACUUGCUGAACUGGAGUGUAUGACUUAAACAAUCUACGAACUUCUAUAUCUGUCAUAAAUAGAAAAUUUUCCGGCUUGGUUCAUGUCUGUUUUCUAGACUUCUGCUUGUUAAGCCAUUUAAAAUGUAAUGUAACAAAAAUUUGUAGGUUGUGUGCUGAAGCAUGAUACUUUAAUAAAUAUGGAAUAAAUCAAAAUUGCACUUCGCUAUUUGAUUGCAUAAAGAAACGAAGAUUCAUGAAUACAAGAUAUAUUAGAGCAUACUUUUGUGCAAUUUAUUUGUAAUUGCGAAUAAAACCCAUAUCAAUAUAUUUUGUAUUCUUUAAUAGGAAUCUUGGAAUCGAUUUGAACUUGAUUCUAAAAUUUCGGCAAUUUUUUCAUUUCAGUAGAGUUAAGACUAAGUUCAAUCCUCAGUUUGCUGCACGAAGUAAAUUUGCAAAAGAAAAGUUAAACUUGACCAGUUGAACCGGUUUCUUUUCAAAAUUUAACUUGAUAAAGGCAAGCAUGUUUAUUCGAACAAAUUUUUAAGAUAGCAAACCGUUGGAUCAGCGAACAGAAAACAUAUGAAGAAGUAAGCGUGCAUAAAUAUAACAUUUGAACAAUGUAAUCUAUUCUUUAUGGUAGGAGUGUAAUAGAUGCUAAAGACAAUUCCUUUUAGUAAGACAUACAAAUAGAGCUCCAUCUUAGGUGAAGAAAAAAUCAAAUUUAUAUAACUUUUAUUGAAUUUUGCCUGAUUACAAUUUAAUUUAAUAUUAAUAUAAUGUUUAUAUUAUGGGAGUUUUAAAAUAUUCCAAUAUGCAAAACAUGCUUCGAUUGACAAAACAAAGAACGUUUUUAAGUAUGUAUCACAACUGAUAAAAACACGUACAUGUCGUAAUCAAUUAAAGAAGAAAAAAAAACGAACACCGCGAUCCUAUAUACACACAUAUUUUGGAACACACCUGAACAUUCCAGUACCAGCUUGCCACAAUUUGGAAUAUUGUAAUGGCCACUACAUUUUCAUCUAAUUAUAAUUAUCACGAGCGAUCGCAGGAUCCACAUCAAGAGGUUCUACUUGAAACGAAUUUCGAAGAUGGUGGAGUAUCAACUCGAGCGUAUAACAGCAAUAUAGAUAAUGUUGCUCGUAAUCACCGCUCUAGUGCUUAUCAAUCAACUCACAUUCUGGAUCGGUAUAAUAAACGCGGUGCUGAAGGAGAUUUUUGUCGAUCAUGCAUGGCGCGUAUACCGUACGCUACGGUUAUUGCGACGCUAAUGUGUUUACUGGGCGUGGGCAUAUUUUGUGGCACCAUGUAUCGAGGAGCCUCUUUAACAGUUAUUAUGAUGGAUCAAGUAUUCCAUUUGCGUUUGAUAUGGAUAGAAGCAGUACAAAUGAUAUUUGUAAUUAUUGCGGCCGGUAUGGCAGCAUUGGGUUUUAUGAUUUUAUUCAUUGGUUUUCUAGCAACUGGAGCAACACGUUACAAAGUUUAUCGAGCAUGGCGUUCGCGAGUCGGCGGCCGUAUAUCAUGCGCAGUACUUAUGGGUUUAACUUACGUGCUAAACUUUCUCUGGACAUGUAUAUUAUGCUUUUUAGUGGUGUGCACUUUUGUUUAUACCAUGUUUUGGAGUAUGUGCUCGAGCGUUGAACGUUCUUUAAGUUGUAUAGAUUUGACUCAAUUUCAUUUCAUUUUCCCAGCGAACAUUAAGCAGGAGGAUUUAAAAAUCUGUGAAAAAUAUGAAAUCAAAGCAUUUUGUAAAGACGGUGUUGAAAACGCCGAGGUCAUGUUUAUAUUAGCGACUUUAGCAGUGUUGCUGGUGAUUCUUAGCUUGGUCCAUUACCUAAUGUGCUUAUCUGCAAAUUAUGCUCAUAUACGCGAUCAUGAGAAAUUUCAAGAACUUCAGGAAAUACAGAACUUAAACGAGCUUGAAUUUACAGCUGCUUCUAAGGAUCGUUUCUAGGACAUAUUUCAAAGGAUUCAUUUUGAGCUUAAAGAAAAAUAAAUCAACCUUUAUUUCUAAUGGGAAUAAAUAUCAAUGCUGCUUUUAGUUGUUUAUACUAACCUUGUACUUAAGUUUAUAUACGAAGUAUUAUUACUACUUUUUACCGCCCCUUGUUUUAAUAUUGAAUGCAUUGAUAGCUUUUAGGCUACUAUUAUUUACAUAUAUAUUCACAGAUAUAUUUUAUAUAUAUUUAUAAAUUUAAAUACGGACAUGCAUGCUACGCUCAAAAUGACUCCUUUUAAUUUUAUAUCAAACAAAAAGAAAACAAAAGGAAAGUUAUUCUUUAUUUACUUUUUGUUGUGUGACUGAAAUUCACUAAAUGUAAAUAAAGGAUCGCUUCUAUCGUCUUCAAUAUUAAUUAAGACAAAGCAUAAGACUUUGGUAUGUAAUUUAAGUUUCUUUUCAAAUUCUUAUUUCGAAUAUUGGGAUUUUAGGUCUUAGGAGGAAAUGGAUUUGAAAAAAGAAUCAAAUUAUUAUCAAGAACCUGGCAUGAGGAAAAAGCUUCUGCUAAAAAUCAUCGUUAUUCAUUAUGCGCAAUGCAAGACAUAAAUUGUAAUUCUAGCGAGUAGAGUACGCGGAAACGCCUCUACGUAUUUUCAUCAUCGUGAACAUUAGAAUCCAUUUAGAAACGUUUAUUUUUUAAAAUCAUAACAAUUUCAAAUCUCUUUCUAGGUGAACAAAUUUGGUCUCUCGCUUAAAAAAAGAAAAAUAACUGAAUGUAAUCAUAGGUAUGAGUCUUAGCAAAAAAAUUGACAUUGAAAAUAAUCGUUGUUUCCUUAUUAAACGCGCAUUUCAAGUUCGAAAAUAACCCUAACUGGCCCAAAGAUGCAAUCAAAAUUAUCUAAAAUCUCUACAUAACUAAGACUCACAUUUAAAUAUUAGGUGCUUGCAAAAAUUUCGAUCAUUUUUCCACUUGAAAAAGGCAUUUAUUGCGAAAAAUCGGUACAAUGUAUAUUAACCAAAAUAUUUGUCAUCAUUUUCUACAAGAUUUUACCGUAUAUGAUGAUAUCGUGUCGAAAGAACUUAUAUUGGUUUGGCAGUAAUUCGCCCACCUACCGGUUGUCGCACUUCUUCAACAUCGCGAACCCACCUGCCAGCCAAGCCAUGCUGCACCGAUCUGAAGUGCUAAUUAGAAGGUACCAUACCUAAUGAGUACACUGGGUGUGGCAGAAUUUCCCAUUGGAGCUACAACAGUGUAUCGUGGACAACUUUUCUAAUAAGUGCCUAAAAAAUGGCAUUUUCAAUCAAUUCAUAUCGUCACUUCUAAACUGCUGAAACCAAAACUGACAACUGGGAUAUGAUAGAGCAGUAUCGUCAUAAGUCUGUAGACGUGUUUGAUGAACUUCGGCAGCAGAUUUCGUGAAGUAAACAAGAAAAGUAAUGAAUUUGGAAGAAGAAUUUUGAGCGCUCCUUGAUUAGAGUCGGCGCAUGCUGAAUAAAUAAAUAAUAUUAAAUGGAAAAGUAUUAUUUUGUGUAGAGGAAAGUCAAAACCAUCGAACUCAAGCGUUAGGUAUCCUGUUAUUUCCCAUUUCUUUGUCAUUUUUAGCUGUAGAAAACUCUGAUCAUAAUUUUUGCAAGCAGAUAAUAUUUUCUUGUUUUAAAUGCCGUUAAAAAUACGAUUAUAAGUAUCGUACAUUACAUUGUAUUAAUAGAUUUUCGCUUUGUCUUACAAUUCAUACAAUAUAUAUUGCAUAACAUACAUAUAUACAUAUACGAUAUAUAUAUAUAUAUACACUUUUUUUUAAAU